AUGUUCGACUACGUCGAGUUUCCGGUACUGCCCGUCGUACGGACGCACCUCAUCAUCAACAGCGUCCUGGCCGGCUUGACCGUGCUGGUUGUGGCUCUGCGGCUCGUGGCUCGGUUCAUGUCCGGCGCCGGACUCUGGUGGGAUGACUACCUCAUUCUGUUCGCUCUGCCUCAGGGGCUCGGCAUGCUGAUUAUCCAAGGGCUGUGGUCGCCAAUGGGCAUCGGCUUUCCCGUGACCGAGACAAUGCCUAACCUGUUCACCAUCCUCAAGUUCCUCGUCGCCUAUGAGCUCAUCUACUCGACGGCGAUCAGCACCAUCAAGUUCAGUGUAUUGGUGUUCUACCUGCGCGUCUUUGUGAACGACAGGAUGCGCCUGUACACCAAGCUCGCGCUGGGCUUCGUGGGAACCUGGAGCGUCGGCAACCUCCUCCAGGUCUUCCUGAUCUGCCGCCCCUUCCGGAGAACCUACGAUCCGACAGUUGACGGCACCUGCGGCAAUCAGAUAGCCUCCUUCAUUGCCAUUGGCGCUUUCAACAUCAUCAGCGACGUUAUGAUCCUGACUCUUCCUCUUCCAACCGUCUGGUCGCUCAAGAUGGCGACUCCGGCCAAACUCGGUCUGACGGGCGUCUUCCUGAUCGGUCUUCUUGUCAGCGUCAUCGCGAUCAUCCGGAUCGUCACACUGACGCAGCUCGACCUGACAAACCUCACGGGGACCAUGGUCUGGGCCGACUUCUGGUCCGCCACGGAGCCGAACCUGGGCAUCUUGUGUGUCAGCUUGCCCAUGCUGGGUACGCUCUGGUCACGGUGUGUCGCAUCUACUCGCCGAGGCGCCUCCAAGCUGGGCUAUCACUCAUCCGAAAAUGGUACCCACGGCAGUGCCUUCAGCAAGCUCAGGAACCCAAGCAACGUCGACACUCAGAUCCCGCUCGAGGGCAUCUACGCCGCCAACCAGGAGGUUCACUACCAGUCGGCUGUCGCCGCCGCUACGACGCCGGAGCUGGACCGGGGCCAUACGCAUGGCGACAGGGACAGGGACAGCGGCUCGGAGGUGGCGCUGACGGAUCAAGAACAACACUACAAGCAAGAUGCGAAUGGCAUCAGGGUGCAAACGAAGUGGACUAUCUCGCACAACUGA